GCCCUGACUGCCCACCAUCUCCAUCCCCAAUCAGUACUACAAAUCACAGCCUACUGAUCCUUCAUAAAAACUUAUAACGCCAAGCACAUAGUUUCUCUAACAACCGGCAACUGUGAAUUGACAUGGACAGAUCCAAGAAACCCAAAUCAAACUUAGGGUCACAGAGGCGAUUCGAGCUACUGGACUUGAACAAGUCGUCCUCGCUGAACAUGUCUACAUCCUCUCUGAGGAGCAUCGGCGAGGAGACCAGGAAUUGCGGCAAGGCGGUCCAAGCGAGCAGGAGGGCGGCCACAGUGAGCUUUGCCCCUACUCCAUUGUCGGCGCCAGCGGCAGUGCCAGCGAAGGCAAUUGUAAGGCCUGCGACUGCAAGUGGAGCACGCCCGGGUUCUGCCUCAGGGCAGAGGUGCAGGACAUCAGCGGCGAGGUUGCUGGAGCCGGGGGCCAAGGCGAUGAGGAGGAGUUGGGGGUGGACAGGUGGCGUGGAUGCCAAGGAGAAGGGCGGUAAUCCUGUGGCGGCGAAGGUCGUGGCAAAGACACAGUCCCGGAGCAGCUCGGUCCCAAGAAGAUUGCCACCAACCGAGGACAAAGAGAAACCAUUGCCGAAGACAGGCGGUAAGAUCAUGACCAACUCUAAGACGAAGAAAAAUCCAAGCACGCCCCCGAAAACGGAGAUGGAGGGUAGCAGAAGCCUCCCUGAUGCAUCAAAGAAGAACAUGAAGGCUCCCAACAGUGUGUCACUGAAGAACAUGGACAUGGUCUCCCCUCCCACAACAACAUCGGUGGCGACGAUCGGCGCAUCCUGGGCCUCACUUCCAUCAGAUCUCCAGAACUUGGGCCUGGAAGUCAUGGGGUUCAGGGAUGAUGCGGAGGUAGCUGCUGUUGAGGCGUUGAAGGAAGCUUCUGCUGCCGAGAUUUUGCUGCGGCGCCUGAGCGCCUUUGCAGAGUUGACGUCCGCCGCGGCCAAGCAGUGUCCGCAGCAGACCGUCGACGAGUUCCUCGCGCUCCACACGGCCAUCACGAGCCCUGGCGCCGCCGUCCCCUUCGACGACAAGCGAAACCGCCAUGCAGGUGAUUGGCUGCGCGCCGCGGUCUCAACGGAGCUCUCCCCCUUCUCCCUGUACUCGCCACUGAGGAGGUCCAGCCACACGGCAGGGUCGCCGGCCUCCUCCCCGACACCGGCAUCCACACGAUCGCCAGCUGCGGCGGCUGGAGCAGCCGCGGAGGAGGAGGAGACGUGGCUGGAGGCGGCGCGGAGGCGGCUCGGGGAGGAGAUGCGGGCGUGGUUCCUCGGCCACGUGGAGCGGCUGCUCGACGGCGACGUGGCCGGGACGCUGGGGCAGAUCAAGAGGGUGAACGACUGGCUGGACGCCGUCGGGGUGGGGCCGGAGUCGGAGGCUGUCGAGCGGGUGAGGAAGAAAAUCUACGGGUACCUGCUGGACCACGUCGAGUCGGCGGUAGUCGCAUUGAAUGGCGGCACGGCGGCUACUCGUGGCCGGACAAAAUGAGCCUUUUUGGCACCUGACUACCUGUCCCAGUAGAUGAACUAGUAGAAUCGAUUCGUGCCAGGGAAAAACUAAAAAUGAUUCGACGGAAUAACUGCCGUAAACUGAGGACAAUUACUACCGAGAAUGUAAAGACUUAUUCCUCUGUACCAAACUAAGUGUUGUUUUUAAAAAUUUCGAACACAUUAUCCAUUCUAAGAAAUGAGUUUGUUACCCCUAAUUA